GUUUGAGGUGUGCGAACGUACGACGCGCCCCAGGUGCUAACGCCAGACAACGACGACGACGACGAACCACCGACCCCUAUCGAAAGUGAUAACAGCGCACUUGCGUGAGAUAACAACAGAGAGAUGAGAUAAACGGCGAUUCGCAAUGGGUUCAGUGGAAAAUCGAUCGUUUUGCUCCUCAAAAAAAAUCGCCAUAUUGUGUAUGUGUGUGACAGGGAAACGGGAAAAGGGUGUUCACAGGUGAAUCAUGCUGCUGGUUUGUGGCUGUAGUAGUCGUGGCGUGUAGUUACAAUCAGUAAAGUGUGUACACCCUUAUGCACCCUCCGCAUCACAGUUGGAGUGCGCCGCACCGAUCGUACCCUAAAACAGUAAACACAGUGAGACAGAAGUGAUUAACAAAAAAAAAGGGUGUAAACAUUACCCGUUUUGCCAGACAGCCAUUGGGAAUUCGUGUCUUUGUUUUACGGGGGCGCUCUCUUUGUGACAUAAUAUUCCAGCUCGAUGAUGAGACGCACCGAUUACAACUGAUGACGUAGCGCCCGUAAGUACUCCGACUGCCUAAUUGAGGUUCGUGUCUCGCCGCGGUGACGACGGCCGACGACAGGUGACGAACCUCCUCCAUUGGGCAGAAGCAAAACAAACUGUGUGGAAGAGAGAGAGAGAGACAACGGUGUGAGAGUGAAACAGUGCGAACCGAGUUUACGGAGGAGUAGAAAACGUGCCAACCAGCGGCAACCGUCGAUGAGUCCCGAUGACGCUGUCCCGGGAGCAUCAUCAUCAUGCAUCGCUCCUCCUGCUGGUGGUGAUCGUCGGGGUCGCGUCGCUGGUCGGUGUGUGCGACGGCCAGUACUACACGACGCGUGAUCCCCGAUGGUACUCGCGGGAAGGUGACUUUAACUACAAAAUUCCCAACCCGGGCGAUCCAGAGUAUCGGACAUACACAUUCAACAAUCGAAGGUAUGGAUACUAUCAACCGAACGGAUACGGUCAACAGUACCCGGGACAGAGCCUUCCGGGGCAGUACCCGAGCAACACCGGCCUAGGAGACGAUCGCUUCAAGUAUGAUCCGACCAAUCCAACGCUCGCCCAGACACCGUUCCCCGGUGUGCUCGGCGGUUGGCGGGAAGAUCUUCAGGGUAAGCUGCGCCGCGAUUCGAUGCAGCUCGAGCGGGACGUGUUCGUGACGACCAACUACGGUCAGGUGCAGGGCUUCAUGGUGUAUCUGUACGACAAUCCGGACCCGAAGAACCUGUACCGCCCGUGGCACAGCAACGUCGAUCGCAUCAUGGGCAAGUGUUCCACCUUUCUGGGCAUCCCGUACGCACUGCCACCGACCCACGAGGGACGGUUUAAGCCACCGCGUCAACAUCGGGGCUGGCAGCUGGUGCAGGCGGUCGAUUAUGGCCCGGCCUGUCCGCAGCCGGUACAGUAUACGGGCGCUACGAAAGGUAUCCGCGAUAUGGACGAAGACUGUCUGUACUUGAACAUCUUUUCGCCUAAUACACAAGCAGGAGUCGCUCAACGCUACCCGGUCAUGAUCUACAUCCACGGUGGUGAGUUUGUGCGCGGUGCUUCCAACACCUUCCCGGGGCAUAUGCUGGCCGCGUUCUACGAUGUGGUGGUCGUCACCUUCAACUACCGCCUCGGAGCGCUCGGGUUCCUCUCAACCGGGGACGAAAACUCUCCGGGCAACUAUGGCAUCCUCGACCAGAUUAUGGCCGUCCGGUGGGUGUACGAAAACAUUGAAUCGUUCAACGGUGACCGUAACUCGAUCACACUGUUCGGCCCUGGGGCCGGUGGUGCCUCCGCCGGACUGUUGAUGGUGGCACCGCAAACGAAGGACAUUGUGACGCGCGUCAUCGGGCAGUCCGGUUCGGCCCUGGCCGACUGGGCGCUGAUCGUGGACAAGUGGCGAGCGCAGAAUACGAGCCGCGUGUUUGCCCAGAACGUGGGCUGCUCGAUCGAGACGUCCUGGAAGAUGGUGAACUGUAUGCGCAACGGGCGCAGUUCGUACGAGCUGGGCAAUGCGGAGUUCCCGCCCCACGUUGGGCUGUUCCCGUGGGGUCCGGUGUUGGAGAACAAUUUCACCUUCCCGGGGGAUAGCUGGUACGAGGGAUGGAGCGAGCGCGAUUGGCACUUUCUGGCGGAAACGCCGGAAAGUUUGAUCCGGCGGAGGCAUUUUAACCGCGGGCUGCAUUACAUGAGCGGCGUGACGCUGCAGGAGGCGGCGUUUGUGAUUACGGGGAACAAGUCGCUGGCGCCGUACUUUGAGGUCGAUGAGCGGUUCUUCGAUCAGAAGGUGCGCGAGCUGGUGCUGAGGUACAAUUACACGCUGAAUUUGAACGGGACGUACGAGGCGAUCAAGUACAUGUACACGUACUGGCCGGAUCCGAAGAACACCACCUUCAUCAGGGAGCAAUACAUUAAUCUCCUUUCGGACUUCCUGUAUCGGGCACCGACGGACAAGCUGAUCAAGCUGCUCGUCGAACAGAACGUUCCGGUGUACAGCUACGUGAUGAACACCACGAUCGAGGGUCUGAAGUUGGCCGAAUGGUGUAAGGUUCCGCACGACAUCGAGCAUUACCUACUCGCCGGUGCACCGUUCAUGGAUGUGGAGUUCUUCCCGAGGCGUGAGCGCUUCGAUCGGCUGAUGUGGACGGACAACGAUCGCAACAUGAGCCACUUCUUCAUGAAGACGUACUCGGACUUUGCGCGGCAUGGUAAUCCAACGCCAACGCAGGUGCUUGGUUUGUACUUUGAGAAGGCGCGCAAUGGAGAGCUGAAGUAUCUCAACCUAAACACGACCUACAACUCGACGAUCAUGAUGAACUACCGGCAGACGGAGAGUGCCUUUUGGAUGGAGUAUUUACCAACAGUGGUCGGUGUGCUGAUACCUACCUAUCCACCAACGACGGAGUUCUGGUGGGAGCCGAAGGAACCGUUGCAGAUCGCGUUCUGGAGCUUGGCCGCGGCCUGUCUCAUACUGAUGGUGCUCGUCGUAAUAUGCUGUAUGAUGUGGCGCAGCGCAAAACGAGAAUCUGAUCGCCUCUACGACGAAGCCGUCUUCGGCAUGGACAAUCCCGAGUCCGAGCGGGACACGGUGAUGGAGAACAACAUGCUCCAAGCGCAGCCACUGCGCGGCCAGUCCGGCAACAUCUACGAGUACCGGGACUCCCCGUCCAAGUACAGCAAGAUGCCACCGGACGGCGGCGGCGGUUCCAUCCGGUCGCCGAGCAGUCUCGGCAUGACGCAGGUAACGGGGAAGAGUGGACUUACCGGCAGCCAAAGUUCGCUACGCAGUGCCAUCUCGAUGAAGGAAUCGUCCUCCAUCUCACCGCCACCACUGUCGAAGGAGUCCAACUUCGAUCGGAACAUCAAGUACGCCGGUUCGGACACGGUACCGUCCGAUACGAUCCAGCGCAAUGGCAAGUUCGCGCGUUCCGACUCGAAGAACCUGCUGGCGAACCAGAUGUCCCAGGCAGAGUUGGCCCGAUCGCAGCGUGAUCUUGGCGGUGCAACGUCACCGAUGAGUGAAACCUCGACCAUGGCUGGCAGUGUGCUGGGGCGAUCGCAGCAAAUCACGCCCGUUCCAUCGAGCCGUGGCGGAGGUAUGAAGAGCAACAAUGCCAGCAGAACGAACCUGAUCGAGGGAAUUCCACAGACGGCGGUUUAGUGUGUAAGAGAGUAUUUUAUGUUUUGAUUUUAACCUUUUUUUUGUUUUGUUUCCCCCAUUUUUUUGUCACUUCCAUUCACAAAAAUGUCGUGUUUUUGUUGAGUACAACAUGGAACUGGCUUUUAUAAGUACUGCUACACAGCCCCAUCACAUUAUGGUUUUAACAGAAUAGCGGCGCACCGAGCAGAGGCGCACCGCAUCCUUCAGGGAGUUGCGUUUGCAAGAGCAACUCUGUCCUGUAAGUGGGUGUGCGUCAUGCGUCUUCGGUUUAGCGCCGCAAAACCCGUUGUUUAAGUAGUUUAAGUAUAUUAAUCAGUUUCGGGCAAUCGUACUAGUAGAGCUGAGUAGGUAAGUUUUAGCAAAAGUAAUGUGGGAUGUUAAAGAUCUACAAUAGAUUGUGUUAUCCCCCCCGCUCCCCUACGUCCCAACAAAGCGUUUAACGAAACCGACUGGCACAAAGUGCCUUUGGAGUUUUAAGUGAAGGGGAGUAGUAACAAUAGAAGUACAUCCCUUCGUAGCCGAUAAUGUCUUUUGACGCACAAAACAAACACAAAUCGGUGUGAAAAGAGGGUUCACUGUACGAUGAACUCCUUAACCCGUUUGUGUGUUCUACCUUAGUAUGUAAGGUUUCGUGUUAGUGUUAGGUAGUAGCAGCUAGCUUCUAAGUGUAUGUGUUACGUACUACGCGUGUUCUCAUCUGUACAUAUCGAUGCAUCCUCGUGUUGUCGUGUCAGUGUAUCCGUCCAAACGCCGUGUUUAGUUUUGUCAUCACCGUGACCAAUCAUCAUCAUCAUCAUCGUUCAUUAGCUCAUUUUUUGUGUUGUGUACGUGUUGUUGUUGUCGUUGUCCCCACGUGUGGUGUUUAAAGCUAAGCCUUUUUUUAGGUUAAGUAGUUUACUUUAGUGUAGCUGUACUGUUAGUUUCCUAGUUGCCAAGCGAUGUUAUAUCAUAGCUCGCUUGGGUUUUAUUUUUUCUAUGCGCUUGCGCUUCUUCAUCUUCCUUGAUCUUCUCGGAUCUUCUGGACAGAUCGUUGCAGUUAGCAUUUACUUUGGGCCAAACUGUGCAAAUAUUAUCCGUACUUCGAGGGGAGGCACGGACCGGGUGAUAGUGCGAGAUAGGCAGGGCAAUCCAGCCAAUCAAGCCACAUCCAGUCCCGUGUUUUCCCUCCUUUUUUUACAUUCCUUAUUAAGAUUAGUAUCUAUUCGUCUUUAAUGUUUUAUACACACACACUUACCCCCCCCCCCCAUUCAUCGUCUGCUUGUUUUAUGAUUAUUGUGUUUUUUUGUUUGUUUCUGUUAAGCAGCUCCAACAUGCUUCGUAUAAUACAUUCCUUAUUCUUUAGUACUGUUGUAUCCCGUGUAAGUGUUCUUAAGUAAUAAGCGGCAGGCGUUUUCGUAAGGCGUUUUCCAGCGAAUGGUUGAAUUUGUACAUAGCUAGUUUCGGUUUCGCUUCACACAAACUUACCAUUUAAGUAUUACGUGAUUGCCACACACAAACACACCCACAGUGGUUUAGUAAGGGGGUAUCCCAAGCGCGAGUUCAUUCGUAACUUUCGCAUUCGGCGUAUUUUAAUUCGUAACUUUCGCUAAGUACCGGUCUCCCUUUUGGGAAUGCUGUGGGCAAAAAAAUAAGACAGAAGAGAAGGAUAAAGAUCGAAUAAAUUUUAUUGUAAAACGGAACGAAACAAUGAAGCAGUAAGAUGUGUUUCAUGUGAUAAAAUGAAAAGCUGCGUGAAAGAAACUGCAACACAGGUGCGGAAUUUCGUUAUGUCUUUUUAAUUGUUUUUAUUUUGUAAAAGUACGAUUUUAUCAGUCUUUAUACACUCGUCUAGCUCUGUAAAAGUUCUUAAGUCGUUAUUUUACUCUAAAUUUACAAACUGCACAACCUAACAAACCCAUCACUUGACAAGGUUCAGAUAUAAUACACACAGCUUCUUCAUCCACAAGGUGUAGAAAAAAGCUUUUAAGCUUCGGUUAACUUUCUCGCAAGUUGUAUUCAAUGUUGCCUACAAUUGGCGCAUUUUUCUUUUCUACUUCCUCUCUUCACCCUUCCCCGUUCGUAGGUAAGGGAAAUGCCCUCCGAGGGGUGUCUAUGUGUCAUGGAAUGGAAUGGGCAAACGCAUGUGGUUCUUUCCUACAACGAACAGAUCAACGACAAGAACCACAGUCUUGUCGAAGAACUGCAGCUCUAUCAACCAUUUGUACAUUAAUUUCUCCAUAGGAGAUACUCAAUUUGAACGCUUCGACCCCUUUUAAGGUUUUCUCAGUUUUAUAUUAUUCAUUUUGUUUAUUCAUUUACAUAACCACACCGUCACUUGUAGGAAGGUACUACUACAGACAGAUAUACCUUAUUGGCCCUAACACACACCUUAAUUAACCAUGCUAGAAGAUUAGGAUAAUGAUCGUACGACUAAGAUAAAACGUAAUAAGUAGUAAUGAAAUCGUUCAUUUUGGAGUAAUCGACUUUUAAAUGCGUAUCGGUUAUUGCAGUAGCGCAAAAACUGUCACUUAACAUACAUAUACAAGAAAUCAUUCCAGCCAAACUGAUACAAAAACUGUGGUUAAGCGUAUGGUUACUGUCCAAAUAGUAUCCACUACUUUCCACUGUGCAGUGCGCGCUUUCCAUACUCUUCUGAUACAUUGAUCCUUAACUAUAAUGAUCAUUUGGCUGUUAGGGGGGUAUUUAUUGCGUCGUUUUUCUGGGCAUUUUCUGAGCACAUCGAAGCCAAAGUAUCACAGUGUGUCCUGGGGUUAAAAGGGAGCAUUGCCCUAUUGGUUCUAUCCAUUCGUGAGCCGUUGAAUUUCAGUCAUUUUGUUUUUAUUUUAUUCGUUGUGUUGAGGAAAAUGGGUUUCACAUCUGCAAUUGCAUUACUCUGUGUGGUGUUCAGCACCAUUGGCUUCAUUCGUAUCAUUUCCGUAGCUGAAGUCUCUGAUAUACGUGAUUCAGUACACUUGAACUACAUUAUGCGGACACAAAUUUACACUCGAAGCUACAGUAGGUUCACUAUACUAAAGCACACUGAUGAUAUCGAUCGUUCUGGACUAAUAUAUGACAUAGUGACUUGUCGCGUGCAGUUUCAAAAUUUUACUAACUAAUGUAAAAUAUUAAUUAUAUCUCGUUCUUUAUACAUAUUUCACAGGCUCUCUCUCUCAUUGAUCGAGAGAAUAAUCGAUAGUUUUGAGAUGAAAUUUUCAUAUCUUACUGUAGAUCAGAGACAGUUGAAGUGUUCUUUACAACACCUUAAAAUGUUAUUCACCUACGUGUUGUUGAGACCUUAACUAAGCUUAAUAACUCCAAUGCUCCUCUGUAGGGCUGCUUCGUUGGAUGAAUCAAGUCUUAUCGGACUGCUAAUCUUGUUUGGCAUGACCGAAGUCGGUCUACUAGGCCUGCCGGUACAUCACUCUUGGACUUGGCGACUAUAUAUCACUUUCUUGCUGUACCCAACAACAGGAUCGUCAGUCCUGCGUACGGGGGGGAUUGUGCUAGUUCUAUACGGAACCCUUGAUACACCGCGGACCUGUCGCGGGUAAUUAUUGUCGAUGUUUUUGUUUUUUUU